CCGCCCGUGGACGCCGGGCCCCGAUGCGGGCGAGUCCGCGGCCCUCGGCCAGGCGGGGGUCCCACGGCGCGCCCCGCCGAGCAGACGCGGGAAGACGUUCGGGAAAACUCUCCCUCAGGUGAAAGGCGGCAGUGGGGAGGGGAAGGAAUCUUCAAAGCUUCACCUCAGCAAUUUGACGGCUGGAGCCGAAAAUGCUGCCCGAAGCUGGCGUCUAUUACUUCCCCUGGGAGGUCACUGCGGGUCACGUUCCCGACGGGGGCACCCUGAGAACAUUUGGCAGGGGGCCCGGUGCUGCGCGCCCGCGUGCUGAGCUGCGCCGAGGGCCUGGACCUGCCGCAGCUGGAACGCGCCGUCGCGGAGCAGCGCGCCUACCGGCGGGAGCGGUGCGGCCCGCCGCCCGCGGAAGCUUCCGGAACCCCCGCCCCGCCGCGCGCCUGAGCCCCGGCCCCGGAGCGGCGCGGCAGCAGGCUCCGGCCAUGGACGUGUUCCAGAAGGUGGAGAAGAUCGGGGAGGGCACCUACGGGGUGGUGUACAAGGCCCGCCACAGGGACACGGGCCGGCUGGUGGCCCUGAAGAAGAUCCGGCUGGACCUGGAGACGGAGGGGGUCCCCAGCACGGCCAUCCGGGAGAUCUCCCUUCUCAAAGAGCUGAAGCACCCCAACAUCGUCAGGCUGUUGGACGUGGUGCACAGCGAGAAGAAGCUGUACCUGGUGUUCGAGUUCCUCAGCCAGGACCUGAAGAAGCACAUGGACUCCAGCCCCGCCACCCCGCUGCCCCUGCCCCUGGUGAAGACCUAUCUCUUCCAGCUGCUCCAGGGCGUCAGCUUCUGCCACUCGCACCGCGUCAUCCACCGCGACCUGAAGCCCCAGAACCUGCUCAUCGACGAGCUGGGCGCCAUCAAGCUGGCGGACUUCGGCCUGGCCCGAGCCUUUGGGGUGCCCCUGCGCACCUACACCCACGAGGUGGUGACACUGUGGUACCGCGCCCCCGAGAUCCUGCUGGGCAGCAAGUUCUACUCGACGGCCGUGGACGUGUGGAGCGUCGGCUGCAUUUUCGCCGAGAUGGUGACCCGCAGGGCGCUGUUCCCCGGGGACUCAGAGAUCGACCAGCUCUUCCGUAUCUUCCGGACCCUGGGGACCCCCAGUGAAGCCGUGUGGCCCGGCGUCACGCAGCUGCCCGACUACAAGAGCAGUUUCCCCAAGUGGGCCCGGAAGGGGCUGGACGAGGCGGUGCCCAGCCUGGAGCCGGAGGGCAAGGACCUGCUCUCGCAACUGCUGUGCUAUGACCCCAGCCAACGGGUGUCAGCCAAGGCCGCCCUCAUGCACCCCUACUUCUCCGCCGAGGCGUCCCCGGGCCCCCGGCCCUGCGCGCUGGAGCACUUCUGCCGCUGAGCCAGGCGAGGCCUCCCCCCCGCUGUCGGUCUCCGGAGGAGCCCCCGCCUGGGAGAGAGCCGGGCCGAGGCGUGGGCGCGGGCCCUGCCACAGGCUGGCCGCUGGCUGUGAAGGUGCCCUUGAAGGUGCUUUUCUGGGCACAGAAGCUCCGUGCCCCGGGGGUGGGCCGAGGCGGCCCCCACCCCAGCACUGGGCCGCAGGGGGCAGGUGCUGGGGAGGGUGGGAGGCCUGCGGGCGUGGUCAACCCGCCCGGUGCCCUGCCCUGCCCAGCCUGCCCCCGGGGCAAGGGCGCCCCCUGCUGGCCUGUUUGGGUUUGAGACGUUUGGUUUCAGUUCAGUGUCCCGCCUCACGGGAAGUGGGGUGCGGGGGAGAGGACGCUUUCCCGCUCCUCGAGGGGCCGGGGCGACCCCUCGGAUCUGCUUCUGUUACUUUGCUGCCCUUGAGAAUGGGGAAUAAAGGGACUAUUUCUGACUCGC